GCUUCAGUGUCACUGACACCGCCGAAGCCCUGGAUUUUCACUCAAAUCCCAGGUCUGGAUGGGUUGUGGCAGUGAUCUUUAGAAAUCGCAUAUGAUGAUUGAGACUGGAUUUUGCAUUACUGGAGAAAUUUUCGGCAAAACUUAAUUUGAACAAGAUUAGGAGUCUCUAGCUUGUUUGUAAGUGUACCUGCGAGUGCGGCAGACCGCGAAGGUGACGAAUGAAGCGGAAUUCUACUUGUUGUGAUGAGAGGUUCUAUGCGAUAUGGCCAUCAGAAUAAGACGAUUCGAUGCACCGUCUGGUGACUUUGAUAAACGUUAACCGAUGGGAAAGCACAAAGAUGUUUUUCUCAGCUUGCCGGAAGAGGCUGGAUCUUGGCCCGAUGUUGAGUACGUACGAACGUUUCAGCUGUUCCUUGAAAAUUACCAUGGAGAUGCUAUAGAAGCUCUUCUGUUUGCUGAAGAUGCGGCCCUUCAUUAUUCCCUCGUUGUGCAAUUUGCUGAAUUUCUGGAUGCAUGUCCAGUUGUGGCCAAUCAUCUUUUCUUCCUACCACACAAACUCCUCUCUCUCUUUGAUGAUGGAGUUCGUGAGGCACAGAUAGCUGCAUUUGAGGCUCAUAAGCAGAAACGGAGUAUGACAGUGAAAGAGAACACGCAUAUAAGAUUGAACGUGCAUGGUUCAGCCUUCGAGUGCCCUGAGACAAAGCCUAAUAUUGGACGCGUUCGGGUUAAGGAUGUUGGAAGGCUCCUCACACUUAAAGGAACUGUAAUACGAUCAGGUGCAGUAAAAAUACUAGAAGGAGAGCAAGAAUAUGAGUGUGGCAAGUGCAAAUUCAGAUUUAAGGUGGAACCCGAGCUAGACUUGGGAAAUACUGUCCAGCUUCCACCAAUCUGCCCGUCAGAGAAGCAUAAAGCUUGUCCUGGGACAAAGUUCAAACUGGUUGAAGGCACCAUGUCGGUUUGCCAUGAUUAUCAAGAAAUCAAGAUUCAAGAAAGUAUGCAGACGCUAGGAAUGGGUUCAAUUCCACGUUCAAUUGUGGUUGUUCUUGAGGACGAUCUGGCGGAUACUGUAAAGGCCGGUGAUGAGGUUAUGGUGACUGGUCCACUCUUUGCGAAGUGGCGCACACCCGCACCAGAUGCACGCUGUGACUUGGAGCUCAUGCUCCUUGCCAAUUACAUCAGAAAAGCCAACGAGUUGAAGACAACUGUGGAAGUGUCUCCGCACAUGAUUCAGCAAUUUAAGGACUUUUGGCAACGUUUUUCAGACAACCCUUUUAAAGGUCGUAACACUAUUUUGCAGAACAUUUGCCCUCAAGUGUAUGGACUAUUCACUGUCAAGCUCGCCGUUGCUUUGACACUUAUAGGCGGGGUACAACAUAUAGACGCAUCUGGUACAAGAGUUCGAGGAGAGUCACAUCUACUUCUUGUGGGUGACCCAGGAACAGGUAAAUCACAGUUCCUUAAGUAUGCGGCGAAACUGAGUCAUCGGUCAAUUAUGACCACAGGCCUGGGUAGUACUAGUGCUGGACUUACAGUGACUGCUGUCAAGGAUGGAGGAGAUUGGAUGCUGGAAGCGGGGGCUCUUGUGCUAGCUGAUGGAGGCCUUUGUUGUAUAGACGAAUUCGACAGUAUUCGAGAGGCUGACAGAGCUACUAUUCAUGAAGCUAUGGAGCAGCAAACAUUGAGUGUGGCCAAGGCAGGGCUUGUGACUACUCUCAACACACGAACAACCGUGUUUGGUGUCACCAACCCGAAAGGUCAUUACGAUCCAUCGCAACCCCUAACUGUUAACACAACAUUGUCUGGACCGCUUCUGAGUCGUUUUGAUGUCGUUCUGGUUCUUUUGGACACAAAGAAUCCUGAGUGGGACAAGAUUGUCUCAUCUCACAUACUCGCAGAGCACACAAAAGUAGAUGAAUCAGACAGCAGCAAUGGUAGCUCUGACAUCUGGACAAUGGCCAUGUUGCGGAGCUAUAUCCGAUACGUACGGGAAGAGUUCAAACCAUCUCUUACACCUGAAGCUAGCCGUGUUAUUUCCAGCUAUUACCAGCUGCAGCGGCGUUCCGCUUCUACAAAUGCAGCUAGGACAACAAUACGAAUGCUUGAAAGUUUGAUUAGACUAGCACAAGCACAUGCGAGGCUCAUGUUCAGGGGAGAGGUCAUUCAAGAAGAUGCCAUAGCAGCAGUUAUUUGUGUGGAAUCUUCAAUGACGACGUCCGCUAUCCUGGAUGGAAUGGGCAAUGCCCUCCAUUCCAGCUUUGCAGAUAACCCUGAUGAGGAAUAUGCGAAACAGGAGCGAGAAAUUUUGUCUAAACUCGGCUUGCUUAUAAAUACUCCAUCGAACGGGCCUCCCGGGGAUUCCACAAACAAUUUCCAAGUUCCCCAAAGGCGGGCGCCACGGAGUUACUACGAUGCAGGCGUAACUAGUGCUGGUAACGAGGAUCCUAUCACCACUCAACAGCGGCAACCAUAUGUUAGUGCUCUUAAUACGAGCGGCCUCGCCCUCAGCCGCCUAAGAAAGGUUCCGCCUACAGAGAAUCUGUCAGGUUCGCAAGCCAAACGACCAAAAGAUACUCAAGCUGCUGCGCCUAGUGGUGAAGCUGGUGGGUUACAGUCUCGGUCGGUACUGAAUAAGCUGCGAAAUCCUUUUGCGAGCACUAAUGGCCAGACUCAACCCACCACAUUGAUAGCUCCUACUCAAACAGAGGAGGGUUUGCUGCUAGGCACUCAACGCCAAGCUGAAGAUCCUCGCUGAUCUACCAAAGUUGUAGCAUUUCUUGAAUACUUUCAUUCAAUAAAUGUUUGUAUUCGUUCCCAAGCCUGUGUUACACUAUAAGAGAAUUAUGUAUCAUCACGUUAUUACA